AUGGCAUGCCGCGGUGGUUGCUGCUGUGGGCUCGGUCCGGUGAACGAGGAUAACGCGAGGUUCGUGAUGCUGGCCCUUCUCAUCGUCAUCUACCUGCUGUGCGGCGCUGCCGUCUUCUCCGCCCUGGAGCACCCCAAGGAGAAACAAGCCAAGGAGAAGUGGGCACAGAGGUUCGAGCAGUUCAGCCAGAGGCACAACCUCAACAAGAGCGACCUGGAGAAGUUCCUGAGGUACUACGAGGAGGCGAACGUGGCCGGCAUACGCGUGGACACGCUCCGACCCCGCUGGGACUUCACCGGCGCCUUCUACUUUGUCGGCACCGUUGUAUCCACAAUAGGCUUUGGGAUGACGACUCCGGCCACGGUGGGCGGUAAGGUCUUCCUGAUCUUCUAUGGCCUGGUGGGCUGCGCGGCCACCAUCCUCUUCUUCAACCUCUUCCUGGAGCGCAUCAUCACCGUGCUCGCCUACGUGCUCAAGUCCUGCCACGAGCUGCAGCGCCGACGCAAAGGCGUAGCGCCCCACCACGGCAGCAACACCACCCGCGCCCACCACCAUCACAGACCCUCCUCGGACAGCCUGGCGGGCUGGAAGCCGUCGGUGUACUGUGUGAUGCUGAUCCUGUGUCUGGCUGCCAUCUUGAUCUCCUGCUGCGCCUCGGCCAUGUACUCUGCCGUGGAGGGCUGGGCCUACCUGGACUCGCUCUAUUUCUGCUUCGUGGCCUUCAGCACCAUCGGCUUCGGGGACAUGGUGAGCAGUCAGCGCGCGGCGUACGGUGGUGGCGAUCCGGAACAGGAACAGGGCCCGGAUCAUCAGGGCUCUGCUGCACCACCACCGGUGUUCUACCGCCUGGGCAACUUCCUGUUUAUUCUGAUGGGCGUCUGCUGCAUCUACUCGCUCUUCAACGUCAUCUCCAUCGUCAUCAAGCAGGUGCUGAAUUGGCUGCUGAGGAAGAUGCGUCUGCCGUGCCGCCACUGCCCCUGCCCCUGCCCGCGCAAGGCCCUCCGCUCCCGACGCCGGCACACCAACGCCGUCGCGCCCCAACACCACCACGCGCACUCGCGCCAGCGCCACAUCUCCAUCGACACGGACGCCAUCAGCGAGACGGACGCUGGCGGUGGAGGGCGGCGACCGUCGGGGGAAAUGAUCUCCAUGAGGGACUUCCUGGCGGCCAACAAGGUGAACCUGGCCCUCAUGCAGAAGCAGCUCUCCGAGACGGCCAACGGGCACAGUGGCGGUGGUGGAGGGGGCGGACGGCACAAUGAGUUCUCCGAGGGUGUUGGCGCACUGGGUAUCAUGAACAACAGGUUGGCAGAGACCAGUGUGGACAGAUGAGGCGGGCCAAAGAACAGUGUGUGGUGGACCAAUGAA